CAAUCGGAGCAGGCUGUGGAACUCUUCCCGGAAGCGAACUGAGAAAACGAACGGUGCGCUCAGCGCGAUCAAACGCCUGACAUUCAGUUACUGUCAAAAUGUCUUUUUCUGCGUUAUCGUCAGCAUUCACAUUAAGGUCCCUGUACCGACUGCGGCGAAUCCAGGCUCACACGAUGUCCAGUCAUGUGGAGCCUGUUGUUUUACUGGAGAAAGUGGGCCGAGCUGGCGUGAUCACCAUGAACAGGCCUGAAGUCCUGAACGCCCUCAACUUGGCCAUGGCCCAGAUCAUACUCCCUCAACUCAAGAAAUGGGAAGUGGACAAUGAGACCGAUAUGGUGAUUAUUAAAGGACAUGGAAGAGCUUUUUGUUCUGGAGGAGACAUUAGAGCGGUGACCGAAGCAGGGAAGGUUGGCGACCCUCUUGCGCAGGACUUUUUCCGUCAAGAAUAUACUCUCAACAAUGCCAUUGGAACAUUCAAGAAGCCAUACGUUGCCUUGAUUGAUGGCGUAACAAUGGGCGGCGGCGUAGGAGUCUCGGUUCACGGUCGGCACCGAGUGGCCACUGAGAAGACGCUCUUUGCCAUGCCAGAAACCGCCAUCGGUUUUUUUGCCGAUGUGGGCAGUGGCUACUUCCUCACAAGACUGCAGGGCCAACUGGGUGUGUUUCUGGCUUUGACUGGGUUUCGGCUGAAAGGACGCGACGUGCUGAGAGCUGGAAUUGCCACCCACUUCGUGGAGUCCACUAAGAUGCGUGACUUAGAAAAAGAGCUGGUGGAACUGAAGUCUCCCACUGGGGACCGAAUCGCUGAAGUUCUGGACUGCUACCAUGGCCAGUGCACUUUGGACUCAGAGAAGCCUUUUAUAUUGGAGAAGCACAUGGCGGAUAUCAACAGGUGGUUCUCCUCCGACAGCGUUGAGGGAAUCUUCCAGAACCUGAAAGAUGACGGAUCAGAGUUUGCCAUGAAACAACUAGAGACACUGUCCAAAAUGUCUCCCACAUCCAUGAAAUUGUCCUUGAGGCACCUGCGCAAGGGAGCUUCUCUGAGUCUGCAGGACAACCUGGUGAUGGAUUACCGCCUGACGCAGGCCUGCAUGAGAGGACAUGACUUCUACGAGGGAGUCAGAGCUGUGCUGGUGGACCGAGACCACAACCCCAAGUGGAGCCCGGCCACGCUGGAGGAAGUGACCGACACCAUGGUGGAGGAGUGUUUCAUACCUCUGGGCGAGUCCGACCUCAAGCUGUGACGCUCAUCGCCUGCUUUUCCGGCCUCAGACACCGUUUAGCCUUUGCUGACCCCCGACUUGUGCUACAGUCUGUGUCAGUCACACAACAACCUGAUCAUGAGUGAUAGUAGUCAUGUAUCAACAAGUAUUACGCAUUCAGUUGAAUAAUAAUCAUGUAGAGCUGUUGUAUGAGUAGAAAUCAUGUCAUUAUACUGUAUUCACGUGUCAAUAAAAUAUUCCACUGAGUGAAGCGCAGUCCGCAGUGGGCGACAGAUACAUAGUGGUGCUGACUUGUUUUAUUAGAAGCUUUUCUCUCUGCCGCAGUAUCUGACAAAUGUACGACAGCGAGAUUUAAUAUUCAGUUGGGAUCAGCGCGGCUGUAAAUAUAAGCCUCCAGACAGGGCGACGACCUUGGCUGCCACAAAAGGACGCAAGAGGCGAAAAUGAUCUCACCGUCGGCUUUGUGACGUUUUAUCUGUGGGAUUGUUGUCAAACGGUUCCAGAUUGUGAUGGGAGAUAACGCAGUCAGUUCUAAAGCCUCCACAGUGUUUGGUAAAUGUCAAAAAAAUGGGAUAUUAAAGGAAAAUGUUUUGCACCAUACUAUGGUU